GGCAACCUCAAACCCUUUUUGCUAGAUCUUGUAGCCUCCUUCUGACAUUAUUUUCCAAGUAUUGCCUGUAGGAAUGCGUGCAAUGAACCUACGAUUCUCCUCCUGUCGCACACCUACUUUGCACACCAAACUCCUCUUCUCUCUAUAUCUACAACUACCAUAUACAAAUAAUUUGCAAUCGCGUUGCAAAGAUGCUUGAAGAUGGAGAUGAGGUGCCCCGUCUCCUUCGAGAUCGUUACAUAAAAGCUGUUAGAGAUAGAUUCCAUCGGCCACCAACAGUCAAUGAACUACGGGCCAUUGAUGCACUCCCACUUGAAUCUCGAAAGAACCUCAACGAUACUUCCCCUAAUGGUCAAAGAAUCUACGAAUUUUUGAGAGCAUUUGAGAAGACUGGCCAUGUCGAAGGACUUGAAGAAGCUGGGAGACUACUCUGGGCGCAGAUAUUUGCGCAACCAAAUUUCAGCCAAGAACCUAGAAAGGAACAAUUUUCAGUCGUCAGGAAUAUUGCCGCUCGUGGGGUUAGUGAAGUCAAUCACAGGGCCCGUCAACAUCCUGCAAAAAUACAGAAAGAAAAACCCUUACGACAGACGUCUGCAGAGAAAGUGAUUUCUAUCAAUGCUACUUCGAAUGCCUUUGCUGGAUCUCCUCAGAAGUCUUGGAUGACAAGGGGUGUUUCGAUAUCACCGACUCAACAACAUCAAUAUGCGAGCCCAUAUUCAGUCCAAGCCUCUGAAAAUUCUAUGUCGCCUGUUCCAGAAAGAAGAGAGACAGCACGGGACAUGAGUUUCCAUGCCAAUAUCCCUUCAAAUAUUGAUGGUGAAUCAAGAGUCCCAGCACAGGAACCAAUCUUCCACUCUAAUUACACUUCAAAUUGGCAGAGCGAAUCGACAAAUUGCAAUGCAUCAAUGGAGAGUUUUCAUAUUACUAAGUCUUAUAAACCGUAUCCCUCCCCAAUAUUGGAAACAAACCGGUUCGAUCAAACUACGUUUUCAAACUCAACCCAACACUCUCCGUGGGGGAGUCAUACUUCUAUGAUGACUUCUCUUGGAAGUUAUUCUGGAUACUCUCCACUUCCUUCCACAAAUCAGAGCCUUCUACAGCCACUAAAUGACGCAGGCUAUCAAAAUAGACAGAUUUCAAGCUCUAAUAGCAAUAUAUAUGAUCCUAUGAGUCCUCUCUUUCAUCCAGCAAUAUCAGCCGAGGGACAAAAACUCUUCCGUUUACGCAAAGAAGAAGAAAGAAAAGAGCUUGCUCGCAUAACCUCAAAUAUCCACCAUUCGCUAUCAACACUGCCUGAUAAUCAUGGAGAUCAACAAACUGAAUCAAGCUUUACAAUAGUCGCUGCAAAUACCCUAACGGAAAUGUCAUCUACUGGCCAUAUAACUCAAAUUGCCACACCAAGUUCUUUUGCGCAGCAAAGUCCUUCACCUGAUGCCUCUGCUGCGGCACCAGGCCAAUCGAUUUACAACCCUUUUGUUAUUCAUGACGAUAUGGGUUUUAUACAUCAAGACAUGAACUUCGCUCCAAACAAUCCGCUGCCAACGAGUUCCCGAAGAAUCACCAGAUCUGUCUCUAAUUCCACCACUACACCAAUUCCACCUCCACUCAAAACCACCCAUCUAGAGAUCUCUGGUCCUCGAUCUGGAAUAUUGACUUCUGAAAAUCCGCCACCCGGUACAAUCAUCAGCACUAACACCCAAAAACCCCUCUCGGCUCACAAUGCCAAGAAUACUAGCAUGAAAAAGGCGUUCAUUCCGAUAGCUCCAGCUCCCGCCCAAGUAGAUGGAGCAUCAGAUUCUGCAUCUUGCCAUUACUACCCAGUCGAUUACUCUCAACUACCCAUUGAAGAUUUGAAUGUAGAUACUGACUUCAAAGCACAUCACAUUAUAGGUUUACCGCCACAGCAAGAAUCAUCCUACUCGAGCGCCUCCCCAAACCCCUCUAUCGAAUUCAUCCACUUCGACCCCAUCAAUUAUUACGGCAAUGACGAUAAUGCAUAUACAAAACAACCCGUUUAUGUUCCCCCGGCCUAUCUUGCACAUCUCACUCAGCCAUUGUCGGGUCUCUUUCAUCCCACGCCAACCCAUCCUUCACCCCCACCACCUCAUCUCCGUCCCCACACCCCAGAGUAUCUCCUCUUCCCACCCAUCGCCGCCUCAUCCUCCAAGCAAAUCUGGCCACCACCCCCUCCCCAAAUCGAAGGCUAUCGCCAAUACACCUUCGUCCGCGACCGCAUCUCCCUCAACAUGAAAGCUAAACGUCGCACCGAGAUCGAUCUCGAUACGGGAGACUAUCGAUAUAGCAUGGAUAGCAAUGAGACAAGUCGGGGAUAUAAAAUGGAUGGAACACGGAUCCGAACUAGCUCGCGAUAUUUCCAUAAGAAGAGGGUUUUGGGGAAAUCGAAGAAGAAGGUCGAGCAAGAGAGGGUGGAUGAUAUUGUGAGGAAGGUGGAGGGAGUGGAGAAGGAUAUUGAGGAGAUGGGUAGGGAAGAGGGUGAUGCGUUGUUGGAAUUGUUGGGUGGUGGGUUCUUGCCGCUGUGAAAGGGAUUGGCUUUUUAGAUAUCGCUGGGUUAUACAUAAUUGGUAGAUAAGCGUGUUAGGUUUUACUGAGUCUCGUUGACUCGUACAUGAUGGAUAUGUUUCAUAUAUGCGUAUGCGCGCUGGGCGUCUCCCUCGUGUAUAGGGCUCUUCUUGAUGACGUCAGAUACCUAGUAGGAAUUAUUAAUC